GGGCAGCCCAGUUCUGGAUCCUGAUACAUGCUUAGAGUUUGAUCUCAGGCCAGGAUUGGAAAGGUGUUGGGUUUAAGCUGAGAGCUGGGAAGAGUUAGGCACAGAGGACGAGGGAUGCAGAACAGUCACUGACUGGACAGGGUAAAGGAACGGAGAGGAACCGAACGAGACAUUCAGGGCCUGCUCUGCCAUGUUCUGCAGGACGUGUGCGUCUUCUCAACUCCCUGUGUGGUUGAAGUCUUGUGUAUCUCACCGGCUCUUAUUCCUCAAGUCUCUCUUCCUCUCUCGCUCGCUCCGUCACGCUUCCAUGACCACCCCCUUCACCUCAAGCACCCCCUUCCAUCACGCCCCCCUACCGCUCCGCAUCGCUCGCCACGGCGCCAGAGCAGUCAGACUGCGUGCGGGAGUCAAGCGUGCGGCGGAGUGAAAGUGCAGAAAGAGUGAGACAGCGAGAGGAGCCACGGAGCGAUCGAGAUGGAGGAAAGCUUUGACGCGGAGGGCAGCUUUGACGAUGCCUCGUGUUUGUCUUCCCAGAGCCCCGGGUCCACCUCCCCAGCCAGGAGGCAGACUAAGGAGCAGGAGAUCAAGGAGACCAAAAUUACGAUCAACUGCGUGACUUUCCCUGUGUCCACGUCAACACCAGAGCAGCAGCUACUCAAGCCCAAUGAAUGGAGCUACUGCGACUAUUUUUGGGCCGAUAAGAGGGACCCUCAGGGGGCCACAGUGCCAGGGUUUGAAGUGCUGCUGCAGAAACAGCUGAAAGGGAAACAUAUGCAGAAAGAGAUGGCCGAGUUCAUCCGAGAAAGGAUAAAAAUUGAAGAAGAAUAUGCCAAGAAUCUCUCCAAACUCUCUCAGUCCCCUCUGGCAGCACAAGAGGAAGGGACUCUGGGAGACGCUUGGGCCCAACUUAAGAAGAGUCUCACUGAUGAAGCCGAGGUCCAUCUCAAGUUUUCUUCAAAGCUCCAGAGUGAAGUGGAGAAGCCAUUACUGACCUUCAGAGGAGACAACUUUAAAAAGGACAUGAAAAAAUACGACCAUCACAUCUCAGAUCUGAGGAAGCAGCUGGUCAGUCGCUACGCUGCGGUAGAGAAGGCACGGAGGGCUCUGGUGGACAGACAGAAGGAUCUGGAGGUGAAGACACAGCAACUUGAGAUCAAACUGAGCAACAAGACUGAGGAGGACAUAAAAAAGGCCAGACGGAAAUCCACACAAGCAGGUGAUGAUCUGAUGCGCUGUGUUGACCUCUACAAUCAGGCUCAGUCUAAAUGGUUUGAAGAGAUGGUCACCUCAAGCUUGGAGUUGGAGAGAUUGGAGGUAGAGCGGGUGGAGAUGAUACAGCAACACCUGCGACAGUACACAACACUGCGUCACGAGACAGACAUGUUCAACCAAAGUACGUUGGAGCCGGUGGACCAGCUUCUGCAGAGUGUGGACCCAGGCAAAGACAGAGAGCUGUGGGUGAGAGAACACAAGACAGGUGAACUGAGACCUGUGGACAUGGACAUCUAGAUCAAAGCACACACACAUCAUAUACAGUAUGAAUAUACCUGCAUGCCUGUCUACCUGAGUACUUCAACCUCAGCCAAAGCCAUACAGGUAUCUCCCACUUGAAGCACUGCUCGUUUUAGGGAUCUCUGCUGUUGGAAAACAGUGGAAGAUUGCAAAAUCACAGCUUUACAGAAGAGUUUCUCAAUGUGACGGUGAACGGGUGAUAGGACAGCAGCACAGCAGAACAUCUGAAUGCAUUAUAAAUAUUGACCAGCCGUCCCUGUGCUGUGUUUUUAUAUAUAAUACUGCAUGCCCUUUCACAGAUAUACAGUAUAUAUAUAUAUAUAUAUAUAUAUACGGUAUAUAGUGAAUAACUUUUAAAUGCUACUUAAGACUUCCCAGUAUGUCUCUGAAAUUUGCAUGAUGAAAAUAGUUAAGGCUCCAUUGAUAAACAUCAGAACAAGAGCUGUACAGUGAAACAUUUGCUGCAGUGGAUGCCUGUAAAACAAAUGUCAUCCCAUUUUUCUUUUAGCUUUGUCUGUGUUAAAGUAACAUUGUGUAUGCACAACUAAACUCAAUGGCUGGUGGCAGAUAAAGUAGGUAUUAAGGUACACAUACGAUUGUUUCUCCAGAAACUAGUUCACUAAAAAAAAAAUAGUAAUCCUGAGCAGAAAUAACCAGCAUCAAAGUUAUAAGGAAAAAGAUGAAUCAUAUUGUCAAUAAAUGGCAUGUUGUUGAAUCUGUGUUGUAAUGAGACUUGUUUUGCGACGAGGAAUGCAAUGAAAAGAUUUUAAUGCUAUUUUCACAAGCUACACGCAAACUGCUGACAUAUCUACAGCCUUCCUGAGCGAAAGAUCUGCGUUAUGAGCACAAUGCAUUAUAAGGAUGGAAUUUAUAUAUUUUCAUAUUAUUGCAGAAAAGCAUGUUUUGUCAAAAUGUAGGACUAGUUAUGUAUGGUUAAUGGAAAAGUAGAUGUGUUAUUAGAGUGAUACUGGUUAAUCCAUUGAUUGUGUUCAUAGAAAGACAACAACCCAGGACUUGCUAGCAAAGUCAUAUAGUUUUUUCAAGCUGAGGCCAAGAAAUGCAGUCAGGAUGAUUUGCUUGGUGUAUAAAUUCCAUCUAUAGGCUAUGUAAACUAAAAAUGACAGUAUAGAUUUCUUAGGGGUGAAAUUAUAUGCUUCGGCUGUAGAAUCCAGGUGUCAAUCAAAGCUUUUGAUUUGUAUUACACCUUUUAGUGCCUAAAGGUAAACUUGCCUUGGAAUGUUCACAAUCUAUUCUGUUAAGUGUUUGUAAAUGUUGUAAAUAUGUGUGUGCGUUUUGUGUCUGUAAUUGUUGUCGAGCACAUCUUUC